CAAAGGUUGCACCAUUACAGUAGAAUAUGUUGCCAGACUCAGACGUGGAAGAUCAUUACAAUCCCUCUGUGCGUCUCGUCGAAAUUGAGAGAAAUGGUUCGACGUGCGGUUUUCAUUUAACACGCGGAAAAUGGGACCCCUAUCCUUGGGUAAGCGGCGUGGACGACGGGUCAGUGGCGGCGGCUGCCGGGAUGAAACCGGGCGACUGUCUCUUGGAAGUCAACGGUGAGGAUAUUAUUGGGCACAGGAUAUCGGAAGUUGCGGAAAUAGUGAGAUCUAAACCCGAUCAAGUUUCCCUACUGCUAUGGAAUGCUGGCAUCGAUCCUCAAUGUACGCCCGAGGCCUUAUGUUGUGGCCCCCUGCCCAAUAACUUGCAGCGCCUAUCAGCGUGCAUGUCUACAAUAUUGGCGUUCUUGGAAUGUCCAGUAUGUUUGGAUACAAUAUCACCCCCCACAUACCAAUGCGAUAACGGACAUCUAAUAUGUAUAAGAUGUCGAACGAGAUCAGAGAGAUGUCCCGUGUGCAGACUGAGAUUAUCCAGAGCGAGAUCCUUGUUAUCAGAUCAGGUAUACAACGCAUUAAUAGACACAUUCAACCUACGAGAAGAAGCGGAUGAAACCCGAGCAGCGAAAAUCCAGAAAAUAUUUAAGUCCAACAAAAAAGGAAACGUCCCUGACAUAAAAAUAACGCAUUCCCACACGAACAAGUUCUUGGCAAAAAUAAUCGGAAAGUCUUCAUCUGUAGACAAUUUAACCUCUAACAAAUUCUUGUCACCUAACAUAUCCACAGACGAAAACUAUUUCAAUAGCAGUCACCUGAAAACCAAGUCAUUAUCAACAAACGAAAUUUUUCAGUCGGCAAGUCCUGGUGUGUCGAGAUCUGGAUCAAUCUCUAGAUUGAGCAGACGAGAAAGGACUGAUCAAAAUAUAAUCAGCAUAAAUAAUAGCAAUUUUAACGUAGAAACGUCUGCUUCCUGCCAUGGAUCUUUGGAAUCUCUCGACACCAAAAGCCAUACACCGCAACCGAAAGCGUACAAUAGUUUAGGUUAUUUAAAAAAUCUACCACAGGAUGAAGGUAUACUAUUUUAUUGUCCGUUUUCCAACAGUUGCACCAAAUUAGUAAAAGGAAACAAUAUUUUCGAACAUUUCCAGUUAAAUCAUAGCGACAAUGGCCCAUUGAUACAAUAUUUUAGUCCAAAAUUUGAAAUAUGCUCCAAGAAAUUAGAGGAGGAAAACGAUAUUUGCUAUGCUGUGACGACGGAAGGCAAUCUGUUCUUUUUAAAAGUAAACUCUCAUAAAAGCGAUGACACCUCUAUGUAUUUGCAGGACAUUCUGAUAUGGGUGUGGUAUUUGGGUAACAAGAUGUCGGCAAAGGACUACGAAUUCAAAGUGGAAAUUAAAAGUGGUGAUAGUGACGAUGUUCUUUUAAGUGUACGCAGUUCUGUUUUUUCUCUGGGAUCUGUGACUCUACAAGAAAUCAUAGAAUUGAAAAGAGGCGUAUUCCUGAGUUCUAAAACCUUGCAAGCCUUAGAAUUCCAAUCGAAGAAACUUACACUGGAUAUACAUAUCUUGAAAUGUGACUCUUAGCGCCAGCUGAUUGUUUCUUUGAUUUAUUCAUUUUUGUUGACUUAAUUUAUUGUUGAUAUAUGCAUAAAAAGUGAAAUAAAAUGG